AUGUCCACCUCUUCUGCCAGGAUGAAGUAUGAAAGGGCCCUCGAGCUUUGGACCGACAACAACAACAACAUCGAUCCGAUGUUGAGGGAUCCUCGACCUCUCCCUCCCGUUCUUCCCCGCUCUCGUACUCCCUCGCCAGACAUCACAAGUUUUCCGCAAAUCCCUCAUCCUCUACCCGCUACCGCCCGAUCUCGUCGUCCGCCCGCAAUAGACACGCCUUUUCUCGGUCUGCAUAUUCCUGGAGGCCCUUCAAUAACACAUCCGCCCCACCUCUCGUUUGUCCCUCCUGACACGCACGCGUUCGAUCGAUCGCUCGCUCCUCCCCCCUUCCCUUCAACCCAGCAAGGCCUCGCGAACCAUCACCCUUGGUCCAUGAGCUCUCUUCAUUCUUUCCAAGCCCAAGUGUCGGUAGUCGCGGCCCACAUUACUAUGGAUGAAAAAACGUUCGCUCCGGCCACUUAUCAGGAUCCUGAGCAGCUCAACGUUUACGAUGUCUCCAGAAUUCCCCCCGUGCAGUACGUCUCUCCUGACGUUCUACACUCUUCACCGGACUGGCGUCAGCGCUCCCCUUCUCCCGAUUCUCCUCCUCCCCCUCCGCGACGCCAACGUCUCCGAGUCUCCUCGACUCUUGUUCGCAAUUCUCCCCUGCCGAGCUUAGUCCCAGAGCUUGGUACUUCGUCGUCUCAAACUGUCACCCCUGCUGGACGCUACAACCUUCGCUCGACUUCGAAGGCCAAGAAUACUGAGCCACUCGCGGACGAGACCAAUAUUCCUGGCGCGUCAGGAUCGAACACCCAGCCCAAACCUGCACCUGGGAAAAAAGGUGCCCCCCGUAAGACGGACACGGAGGAUGUGGAGACAGCGUUUGGGGUGGCGGUCUUCGCCGGCGAAAGGAACGAAAAAGGACAGCCAAAAUUCUCCUGCCCGGUCCAGGGAUGUAAAAGCAAGGUAUUAGCCGCGAGCCUUGCCCGUCACUUCGUGACACAUUCCAACGGCGUGUCUUGUCCCGAUGGUUGCGGCCAGAAGUUCAAAGUUCGCAGUGAGCAUGAGAUCACACGCCACAGGAAAAUUUGCAGACUCAACCCCGAGUCUACCAGACCACGAGAAUGUCCAGAGGCCGAAUCCUCAAGUCCUCAGGCGAUCGGUAGGAAGGCGAACAGGGUGGAGAACAGGAAGGCGAAAGGUCCUUACACGAGGAAGCGCCGAUGA